AUGAGUUCAGUCUUUGCCUUCGCCGAUCGAAAACAAAAGCUCGCCGAAAACAAAAGUUUGUCGAAAACAAGCUGGCGUCAGUGGAGUCCUCUCCACAGCGAAACAACUACUUGGGCAACACCUUCUUGCAAUUGGUGGACCCGGCCGCUCGCCUUUGCAUUUCGAGAACGUUACGAAGUGAGCCUCGCGUUGUGCACAGCCAGCAUUCAAAGGAGGGAAAGGAACGCAAUCAUUCGUGUUGCGUGCUUUCUGUCAUCAUGCAGGCGUUGCAAUGACAGACGCUGUCCAAGGUGAUGAUUUGGACCACAUGGUAGGCGAACGAGAGGGAGUAUGGGUGUGGAGGACAAUCAUCAACACAGGGGGCACUGUUUUGCGACUCGCUCGGUUGUUCCUUGUGCACCAGCAAGCGGAGCUCUCCCAAAUGGCUGAAGGUUUGAAGGCCAAGGAGCCCGCAGCCGCACCCCAUGAGGAGACCCACGGAGCAGCAACAGAGACCACACCUGCAGAAGGAGAAGACACGAAUGAAGUCGACAUGAGAAGGUGAGUACGACAGUGGAAGCCACUUCGCCCCUGGCACUGCUUGCUGUCCUCAACUGGUUGCUCUGGAAUCAACAGCAUUUAUGUUGGCAACGUCGACUAUGCUGCGACUCCGGAGGAGUUGCAAGAUCACUUCAAAGCGUGCGGUACUAUCAAUCGGAUUACCAUCAUGGUCGACAAGUUCACUGGCCACCCCAAGGGCUUCGCCUACGUCGAGUUUGGUGACUCUGAGUGUGUCACGCAUGCGCUGUCACUCAACGAGAGCAUACUGCGGGGAAGGCAGCUGAAGGUCACGGCGAAGCGCACCAAUGUGCCUGGUUACAACAGAGCGAGAGGCAGGGGGAGGGGGAGGGGGAGGGGAGGCGGCGCAGCAGCGUACGGGUAUGCGCCGAGGGGAUUCUAUGGGGGGUACGGUCCUCGUUAUAGAGGCUUCCGGCCACGAGGUGGCUACGGCCGUCCGUACUGAGCUCGGGUUGGCGCGGCAAGUGUCGACGCUGUCGUUGCAUGUGUGCUGUGUUGUGCGUGAAACGAAAACUGAUUGAAUGGAAAUGAUGAUCGUUGUCGAAAUCAUAGUUGUUUUGG